GAAUAUUAUACAACCAUAGUUUCACACUAUUCUUUCUCCAACUUCAUCAUCAAUCCAUCAUCAUCAUCACCAACCCAUCACCAUUCUCACCAAAUCCUCAUUUCAUGAAUAACAACUCCUCUCAAUCUUCACAAAAUUCACAAAAUAACAAUGGGUUUCCCAGUUGGUUACACAGAUUUCUUCCUCCCAAAACUCAUUCUCCACAUCUUAACCCAUCUAGUUUCAAUCUGUAAUCACAUUUCCACAUGUUUUACCUUCACCGGCCUCCAACAUAUCCACCGGUCCAAUUUAACGUCUAACCGGGCCCAACCAGAGCCGUUAAUCCAGCCGCAGUCGUUCUCUGCGGUCCUACUUCGAGAACUCUUCCCUGCUGUUAAAUUCUCGGAGAUUGUGGACCCUCCGGAGAGUUGUGUGGUGUGUUUGUGUGAGUUUGAUGGGGGUGAUGAGAUACGUAGAUUGACGAACUGCAUACAUGUGUUCCACCGGGGUUGUAUUGACCGGUGGAUGGAUUAUGACAAGAAAACUUGCCCGGUUUGUCGGAUGCUGUUUGUGCCUGAUGAUUUGCAGGAUUCGUUUAAUGAACGGUUGUGGGCGGCUUCUGGUAUCGCGGAUUACUAUGGCGAUUCGUCACUAGUUGGUUCUUUGUAGUUCAAUCAAUUAUUGUAUUUGUAACCCAUCAUCUGUUUGUAUUGGUUCUGAAAAGAAUGUGUUCCGACUAACAUAUAUAUUAUAUGUAUA